UAAUAAGAAAUCAUGUUGUCAUAUCUAACUGUCAAAAAAUAGUAAUAUGCUAAAAUGGCACGUCAACAACAAGAUGUGGAUGAACUUUUCGAUGUUAAAAAUUCUUUCUAUGUUGGAAAUUACCAACAGGCCAUCAACGAAGCGUUGAGUAUUAACCCUUCUACACCCCUAAUAACUCUUGAACGCGAUGCCUACCUGUUCCGUUCGUAUAUCGCUCAAGGCAACCACAGGAUGGUGUUGCAAGAGUUGAAAACAGCAGAUCCCAUGCUUCAGCCAUUGAAGAGUUUGGUGGAAUAUCUCGCACCUGAUGCAAAUAGACCAGCUAUUGUCGCAGAUAUUGAUGCAAGGGUGGCGAAGGGAACAGAACUUACAAAUGAAAUCUUUUUGUUGGUAGCAGCAACAAUUUAUUAUCACGAAGACAAUUAUGAAGCUGCCUUAAAGAUUCUCCAUGGCACUGAGUCUCUGGAACUCCGUGCGUUCACCCUGCAGUGCCUGCUGGCUAUGAACAGGCCUGAUCUGGCGCGCAAGCAGCUCAAGCUGUUGCAGGCUAUUGAAGAUGACGGCACUCUGACGCAGCUGGCACAGGCCUGGCUCAACUUGUCACAGGGUGGUCCAGGCGUGCAGGAUGCCCACUACAGCGUCAUGGAACUGUCGGAGCGUUUGGGUGCGCUGGGCGCUGGACCGGCUGCCGUCGGCGCCGCCGCCGCCGCCUCUAGAGGUAUGUGGGAGGAAGCCGAGCAGAUGUUGACAGAGGCGAUGGCUCGGGUACCUCAGCAACCCGACUUGCUCCUCGGGCUGGCGGUCACGGCCACUCACAGUGGGAAACCGCCCGAGGUGUCUUCCCGUUACAUGGCCCAACUGCUGGACAGCCACCCUGAGCAUCCAUUUACCAAGGAGUACAAUGCCAAGUCCAACGAGUUCAAGCGGCUCACGGCCCAGUACCAGCCCUCCGUGGCGAGUUAAACCUUACGCAGUCGUAACAGAGUCGAUUGUCGCAAGUAUUGUAUCUACUAAUUAUAUCUAUUGAAAGUUUAUAUUGUA